AGCAGAGAUGAUCUCAGUGGAGACAAUGGAAUUUUGUCCUUAAUUCUCUGACAGGAUGUUAGUUCCGUUAGCUAUAUACCCAAUAAAAAACUUACAGAGAAAAAAAUUGAUUGAAGUUGGGUGGCUCAAAAUAUAUAUAAUGUUAAGAGUAUGUUUUUGUUUUUAGUUCCAAGAACAAUUCUUUAGGAUGUCAGACUGAAGAAAAUUUCAGGAAAAAAUCGGAAAUCGAUAUAAUUUUGGAAAAGAUCUGCCAGGAAUGGUGGCAGUCCUACUCAGCACUGAGUAAUGCUGCAGAGAAUUCGCUAGAAAAUAGUGCAGCAGUAAAAUAGAUUAGAUCCUUUGCGGAUAUAAGUUCGCCGGUGUAUAAAAAAUUAUUUUUAAGUUUGGUGUAUUUAAAUUAUUUUUGAGGUUUUGUUUUAUUAAAAUAAGAUUUAAUACAUAACAUGCGUUUUUUUAGUUGAGUAUACAUGUGAACAAAUUAUCUUGUCAUUUAAAAUUUGCUUUAUAUGCUUCAAAAAGCCUGUCUCUAAAUUCCCUCCCUGGGCCUUCUUACAAGCGAACCAUGAGCAUCAUAUCAAACAUGAAACUAUUUAAAAGUUUUCUACAACAAUUAGGCUUUAUAAACUUAAAUAACUUGUCUUAAUGCUAUGCUUUCAGGUUAGAUGACAACAUUAGGUGCACUAAAUGGUUCGCUUUCACCAUCUGUCACUAACAAGGCUGUAUCGUUAUAUUAGUUAUUUGAUCUAUCUCAGCAUUUUCUUUAUUCUCUGCGUAAAGCUUGGUUAUAGAAGCACGGAAAAUGAAAUCAGAGAUCUUUCGGAGAUAGAACUUGAAGAACAUAAUGGCUUGGUUCUGCCCAUCAAAACGCAAAAUGUUUCUUUGACUAUAAAUUUGUCUAAACAAAAUUGUCCUAAUAAUAGAAUCUCUAAUCCGUCUUUAGACGACGUGAGGUCAAUAUUCUAUAACUUGAAUACUGCCAAAUGCGUACGGAAUGCAAACGGAUUGAAAUUUCGAAUAAACUUUGUUGUUUUAGUAAUGGUACAUAACAGAGCUGAAUACCUUCAGUUUUUGAUUGAAAGUAUCACAAAUCAGCGAAGUAGACAGCACUUAAACGAGACACUUGUUGUAUUCAGCCAUGAUGUAUACGACGAAGAAGUAUUCAACAAAAUUGAGGAAAUCACAACUUUUAAGGUUCUGCAAAUUGGCUUUCCAUUUAGUCAGCAGAUUUUUCCAAAUUCAUUCCCUGGUUCCAGUGACAACGAUUGCCCUCGAGACAUAACUAAAGACCAAGCCUUGCAAGAAGGAUGUUUGAAUGCGGACCACCCUGAUUCAUAUGGUCAUUACAGAGAGGCCAAAUAUGCUGCCAUAAAACACCACUGGUGGUGGAAGUUGAAUUACGUCAUGAAUUACGUCAUGAGUUUGCAUGAGAAAACUGAGGGAGUGGACGUGCCGGUGCUUCUGAUUGAGGAAGAUCAUUACUUAACCCCAGACGCAAUUCAGUUUCUGGACGAAAUCACCAGUCUGAAGAAGUCCCUUUGCCCCAAAUGUCUAUUCACACAACUGGGCGAUUAUUCCAAAUUAAAAGGCAACUCAAUGAUGAAUUCUAUCCAAAAGCUUCGGAUCGACCAGUACCUGUCCAACAGGAACAACAUGGGAAUCAUCAUCGACAAGGCUGCCUUUGAGAAACUGACGAGCAAAGAGUGCGCGGAGGUGUUUUGCAAGUACGACGACUACAACUGGGACUGGUCCAUCAAUGCACAGUCGCGUCAGUGUUCUUCUGCGGGGGAGGGGGGAAUGGCUUCUUCCUUUCUAACUCUGGUCCCCCACAUUCCCAGGAUAUUUCAUACGGGCAUCUGUGGGGUCCACAAGAAUAUAAACCGACAGCAAAUGAAAUCUGCCCAGUGCAGUCCAAGAGCUGCGAUAAGAGAUUUCCUCAACAAGUACAGUCUUGCUCUGAAAGAUGACAGCUCUCAAAGAGACUACUCACUGUCAAACAAUGUGCAGACAGCCCAUCGUACCCAGAAGAAAUUCAAACCUAACGGAGGAUGGGGGGACCCCAGAGACCACAAGUUCUGUCUGGAGAUGGUUGCGAAAAAUCGGAUGUAAUUUCGUAUGUGAAAGACAAAACAAAGACGAGUUAGUUAUCUUUAGGAAUGAGUAUAUUCAGUCAUAUGUGCAGUAAUCGAUUGCAAUGAGCUAAAAUCAUCGAGUGAAUUCAUUAAUAUUUAUUGGUGCUGCCUUUUUAUUUAGGAAUAAAUAUGUUAAGUCGAGA